AUGCCAACCUUCCAAUCAAUACAAAUGCAUCCCGAGCUGCGCACCCGACUCGUCACGGAAUCCAGCUCCAUCGGCUUGCCCAGGAAUCCGGCUUCCUCCACGAAUAACGGAGCAGACUCGUCCACUCUGACCCAGCAAAACCCAUUCCAGCCGAUUGAAACGCCACAGGCACUAUUGUCGCGCCACCCAGGAAGCCUGCGAAUCAUCGACUCUACAGGUUCAAGAUCACGUCCGAUCGCCUUGCCACAAGCGAACAAUCUACGACACGAUGUGGCUCAGGCGCUGAUUGCGACUUCUAAAUACGGACGGUUCUUACACAACGUCCACGAACGAAGUAAAGAUCAAGCUGAUUGCCCAAUUUCGCCAUUCAGGGUCAGCGGCACAAUCUCUGUCCUAGAAAUGCUCCAAGAAAAAGCACGAGAAAGUGAAUUCCCAACGUUGACUACUGGUUCGUUUUCUUUAGACCGACUGCUGUCUUUUCCUAAAGAGUACUCAGUGGCGCCAUCGGCAGAAAUGACACUCAAUCACAGCAGCGACCCGCAUUCAGGAAUACCUUUUGGAUAUGUGACCCAAUUUUCCGGGCCGCCCGGCUGUGGAAAAAGUCAAGUAGCGCUGCAAGUUGCCAGCUCUACCGCAAACAUAAAAACAUGGUAUCUUAGCAGCAAUCCUAGCCUCCGAUCCUAUGCCCAACGUCUUUCGCAGCUUGUCAAGCAUUAUCCGCAAUCAGUGCAAUUUGAUGUGCUGACGAGGACAGAUUUCCUUUCUGUGGGAGACGAUCAUCAGUUGUUAGCAGCCCUCGCUGACAUUGAGCUUUCACUGGAAUCUGGAACUGUAGCAGCGCCGAACUGUCUCCUGGUUUUCGAUUCGGCUUCAGGAUGUUUGAACUCCGACUCGCCCUUCCUUACCAUUUCUAACACCCUGCGGCGCGUCGCCCGACGAUACCGGGUCGCCGUUGUUAUCACGAAUGGCUCAGUCUCACAUCGUAGCGGUGAUGACGGUCGGUUAUCAACACCCAAACCAGCAUUGGGAAAAUUCUGGAAGGCAGCCGAUAUUCAAGUCUGGGCGGAAGUUGCCCGAUCAGGAGGCGAGACGCAUUGUCGACUAGAAAAACAUCCUGCAAAACGAAUAAGUACAGAAAGUCCUCAGGUCGGACGGUUUCGGGUUGACAAACGCGGAGUGCAAGACACAGAGCCCUCUUCGUAA